ACAAGCUUCUAAUGACGUCACUGAGAAGAAGUAACUGACACACCUGACACUUUCAUACACUUGUGCGUUGGAUGUGAAAACGCCACAUGUGUUUUCUCCUUUCAUUCACAGCUUCCGCCGCGUCAUCCUCUUUAUUAAAACAUAGCUAUUUUAAAAGAAGGUUAGUCUCGAGUUUUGUGGAAAGUGUCGGCGGCUGCUUGUGAAUGAACCUUAUCGGCGUGUCUCGAUGCUGGAGCGGCGCCUGCCACAGGACAUCAUGGAGGGCUUCAGCCGAGUCGCUUUUCGCAGGAAACAGCAAAGUCUGGAUGGAGAGGACGCAGAGAGGAAUGAUAACGCCGUGUGUUUCCAGUCUACGUGUGCUGAAGAAAAAGCUUGUGUGCCUCUGAAAAUCGAACCCUCCGCAGCUGUGGGCAGUAAUUCGUCAUGCAGGCACACAAGUAACUCCAGCAUCCAUGCGUGUCUGAGUCGAGCAGCCUGUGGUGGCAGUGGGAAGAGCCGGAUCAAUGGAAGAAGUUCUGGCAAGAGGCCACUGUCACAGCCCAAACCACCAGUGCCUCCCAAACCAGCAUACCUUCAGAGCCCGGUGACAGAGCUCUCAUCCCCUCUGGUUCACAAGCAGAAACCCCAAUUUAGACCAGGGAUGGAGGAGGGAGGAGGUGGAGGUGGAGGUGGAGGAGGAAGGGGGGCAACAAACCGGGAGAGAGUGAGACUCAAACACUCCAAAGUAUCAGACCUCAUCAGCCGUUUUGAGGAGAACAGCAACACGGACACCAAGAAGGACAGUUCGCCACUCAAACAGAGCAGCAAGUCGGGCAACUGCAGCCCCGCACUGCGGACCUCCCACAAAGUGACGGAAGCUGCCAAGAUUGAGGAGAACCACUCAGCUGUAGAACUGGACUCCAUAGCAUCCAAACCACAGGAUGCCCGCGUACCCACGGCCAACGGGGUGCUAACGCAGAUGGAGCAGGAGAAGGCGGCAGAGAAACAGGCGUGCAAUGUGGAAAAUGGGAAAAUAGAGAGCUCGGAGCUGGUCAAUGGCGAUAUGGGAUGCACGGAGAGGAGGGAGGAGGACUCGAGUUCACGCAUGGACAGGACUGGUUCAGAAAGCUCCCAUGACUAUGAGGAGAGUGGGACUAACACAGACCAGGAUCAUGGAAAGGAAGAGGCAAGCACGGAGCAGAAGGAGACAAAUGAGGAGAAACUGUUCAAGAUUGCCAGUGAGCUGCUGCAUACGGAGAAGGCCUACGUGGCUCGACUCAACUUGCUAGAUCAGGAAUUUUGCGCCAAACUCAUGGAGGAGGCAAAUAAAGGAACGUUUCCAGUGGAUGUGGUGAAAAACAUCUUCUCCAACAUCUCCUCAAUCAACACUUUUCACAGUCAGUUUUUGCUUCCUGACUUAGAGACACGAAUGGGAGAAUGGGAGUCCACACCUCGCAUUGGAGACAUCCUCCAGAAGCUCACGCCCUUCCUCAAAAUGUACGCAGAGUACGUGAAGAACUUUGACAAGGCCAUGGAGUUGCUGAAACAUUGGAGCGACCGAUCGCCACAGUUCAAGUUCAUCAUUCAGGAGAUUCAGAGUCAAAAGGCUUGUGGCAAUCUUACACUUCAACAUCACAUGUUGGAGCCUGUCCAGAGAGUCCCCCGAUACGAGAUGCUCCUCAAGGACUACCUGAAGAAACUUCCGCAGGAUGAUCCUGACCGACGCGAUGCGGAAAAAUCCUUAGAAAUCAUCGCCAUGGCAGCGACUCACUCCAACAGCGCCAUUCGGAAAUCUGAGAAUCUGAAGAAAUUGAUUGAGAUUUACGAGAUGCUCGGCGAGGAGGAGGACAUCGUGAAUCCGUCUAACGAGCUCAUCAAAGAAGGUCACAUCUUGAAGCUGGCAGCCAGGAACACCUCGGCCAUGGAGCGCUACCUCUUCCUGUUCAACAACAUGCUUUUGUACUGCGUGCCCAAAUUCAGCCUGGGCGGACCCAAGUACACAGUUAGGACACGGAUCGGCAUUGACGGCAUGAAAGUUCUGGAAACCACCAAUGAGGACUAUCCUCACACCUUCCAGGUUUCAGGGAAGGAGAGAACGUUAGAGCUACAAGCCAGCUCCGAGCAGGACAAGGCGGGCUGGAUUAAGGCGUUCCGAGAGACCAUUGAGGUCUUCCAGCAAAAAAACGAGUCAUUCAAGAACGCGUCCAAGGAUGUGGAGGAGGUAUCGAAUGCCGAGUUGGGGAAGCGCGCUCCUCGCUGGAUACGAGACAACGAAGUCACGAUGUGCAUGAAAUGUAAAGAACUCAACGCCCUCACAAGACGGCGACAUCACUGCAGAGCUUGUGGCUACGUGGUGUGUUGGAAAUGCUCGGACAACAAGGUGCCGCUGGAGUACGACGGCAAUAAAGUGAACAAAGUCUGCAGGGACUGUUUCUCCAUCCUGACAGGAGAAGCUGUCGCUGAGGGCAAGAAGAAAGGCAUCCUGGAGAUCGAGGCGGCUCAGUUCACCGGCAACAGCAUCAUGUGUGGCUUCCUGCAGUACUGCGAGAAGAACAAACCCUGGCAGAAGGUGUGGUGUGUCAUCCCUGAGAAGGAGUGUCUGGUUCUCUACCUCUAUGGAGCGCCUCAGGACGUGAGGGCCCAGAGCACCAUCCCUCUGCUCGGCUACUCCGUGGACGACAGCAGCCGCCCCGCGGAGCCCCAAGCCAGUUUCCGCCUGUCACAGUCCAAGUCCGUCCAUAACUUUGCCACCGAGAGCGAGGAGCUCAAGCAGCGUUGGCUGAAAGUCAUCCGCGUGGCCGUGACCGGCGAGGUGCCCGAGCGCCCUCACACUAACGGCGGCAACACGGUCGAUGGCGCCGCGCAGGAAGCGGCCUCGGACAGCUCGUGAGGACGCCGGGAGUUUGUCUCCAGUUUGUAGGAGGUGGUUCCAAACACUUCUUCUGUCUGCUGGGCCGAAAUGGACAACCCGAGUGCUGGAUGAACUGCCUUUUCCUCCCUGCACUUUUUAGCUUGAAUGAUUUCCGGAGCUGCGCUGGAUUACUAAAAGAACACUAGGACUAAAAUGCUCUCUGUGUCAGCGUUCCCUUGAGCCUGUGGACUUGCACCAACUGUACAGUGUAAAUGUCUAUUUCUAAAAGAAAAUGUUUUCAGCUCCUCACCUUGUUUUGUUAACAUAGAAAAAGACAAAGUAACCUGAUAAAAUUUAUCAGUAUUCUCCCUUCUUUUUUUAAUUGUGAAGACGAUAAUGGCGUCGGUCACGCUCACAUUGUCUUAUCUAAGCAAAGCCAAUAAUGGAAUACUACAUUGGUAGUUACUCUAGACACAUCAUCUUGCCGGAGUGCUGUGCAAUCAGUUAGCAUACACUGCAUAUUUAAUACAGACUACACAAAAAAGUCAUGUAAUUGCACUCCAGACCACCUAUGUAGAGGAUCUUAAUACAAACAUUUUAAAAUUGUUGUAACUACAUUGGUAUUAUCAAUAAUAAUGAUGAGGAUCUAAAUCCAAAUCAGUUGUGAUAGGCUUCAGCAACCCCAAUGAUGACACACAAAAAGAAAAUGAAUCGCUAAGUUCAAAUCAAUGACAUCAGGUCACUAAUUGAACUUCUUUGCUUAGUGGAGCAGCCUCCAUGUUAACUCCAUUAUGUAAAAUAAAUACCUUUUGGGUUAUAAUGCUGUCUUCUCUAAAUAGAACGAGUACCAUUUUUGUUUGUCAAUCAAAACAGGAGUCACGUUUCGGUGCUGAACGACGAUGUGCGCCAUCGACCUCACCCACAGGUCACGUGCCGUUAAACUGAUGACUGGUCUGCGUAGAGCUGCAUCUCUAGACACAAAUGCACAGUCGGAUGUUGACAAGCUGGUGCAAGAAUUGUAUGAAAUGUGAUUUUUUUUUUUUAACAUUAAUGCUGUAAGUACUUUGAUUAUUUAAAGAGCUGUUGGAAAGUAGCACAAAUCUGUAUCCAGAAGAGUUAAAAAAAAAAAAAAAACAUCAAUCCAUUUUCUUCCGCCAUCCUGAGUCCUCGCUAGGGUCUCCCGGUGGGACAGGAACACCUCAUCAGGGAUGCGUCCAGGAUGCGUCACAGUUUUGUCGGGUGUUCUCUCGUGAGUUGUUGAACGGACUGAUGCAGAGGGGAAGGAUGUGCCUACAAGUAUUUUGAUUUUCAAGCCCCUCAGUAUCCAUAUGAAAUAAAAGCACAAAGUUUCCCUGUGCAGGUUCUGAAUGUACAGACAAUGCUCAGUUCUAUCCUUGCAACCCCUCAUCCCCAAAUGGUUGAGAAGUGUACAAAUGCAUUAAAUAUUAUUU